AAAAAGUUUGUGGUUUCCAGAGAAGAAUACAUGAGUAACAAAAAUAGUAAUUGUGCAAAAUAACCCCAUUUCAGUCCAGUGUCACAUAAUAACAAAAGUACAAUUUUUGUUUCAUGGUGACCCCUUCUUCAUCAAGUUACGCCUCUGGCUUCUACAGUGCGUUCGAUAGCCGUUGUCUGGAUCGACUGGAAUUCGUUGAUUGCCUGCUUUUAGUGUGAAAGUGUUAAAUAAAUGUUAUUCGGUCAUUACGAGAACUCCGGCGUGGAAACAGGAUGUCAUCGUUUUUAAAGUUACAACAGAUGAUUUAUCGCGAGUAUUGUCGUCGUCUCCUUAUCAGUUUCAAUCAAGUGUCAAAUAUGGACGACUAUUUCUACGAAGACAGUGAAGAAUACGGGGACUACGGAUUGGAGUAUUCAGAAGAAAGCACAUCUGAGCCAGACGUGGAUCUGGAAAACCAAUACUAUCUGGCCAAAACGCUGAAAGAGGAGAACCUGGAAAGUUCCGUUAUGGCUUUCCAAAGAGUUUUGGAACUGCAAGGGGAACAUAAAGGCGAGUGGGGCUUCAAAGCGCUCAAACAGCUGGUGAAAAUCCAUUUCCAGCUCAAGAAUUACGGGGAGACCAUGAAGAAAUACAAAGAACUCUUAGGAUACAUUAAUACUGCAGUUACGAAAAACCACGGCGAAAAGUCGAUAAAUUCCAUACUAGAUUACACUUCAACGUCUAAAGAUAUCGAACUGCUACGGAACUUUUAUGAAACCACACUAUCGGCGCUAAAGAACGCCAAAAACGAUAGAUUGUGGUUCAAAACUAACACCAAACUGGGCAAAGUUUACCUGGAGAGAGGGGAGUUUUCCAAAGUUGCCAACAUCAUCAGACAACUGAAGCACACUUGCAAUCCAUUCGCCCAAGAACUCGAUCCACAUAAAGGCACUCAACUCUUGGAGAUCUAUGCUCUGGAAAUUCAAAUGCACACCGAACAAAAGAACAAUAAACAGCUGAAGGAGCUGUAUGAACGCAGCUUGAAGGUUCGUUCGGCAAUACCGCACCCGUUGAUUAUGAGCAUCAUCAGAGAGUGCGGUGGAAAGAUGCACUUGAGAUCCGGAGACUAUGAAAAGGCCUACACCGAUUUCUUCGAAGCAUUCAAAAACUACGAUGAGGCUGGCAGUCCCCGACGAGUGAACUGUCUCAAAUAUCUGAUAUUGACGAGCAUGUUGCUGAAGUCUGCCAUCAAUCCGUUCGACUCUCAAGAAGCCAAACCCUACAAAAACGAACCGGAAAUCAAGGCGAUGAUCGAUUUGAUACUGGCUUUCCAGAACAACAACAUGAAGGAUUUCGAAAAUAUCUUUCAGGAGAACAAGGAAUCUUUGAUGGCCGAUCCGUUUGUCCAUGAGCACAUCGCCGAAUUGCUCAAGCACGUCAGGACCAAGGUCCUUCUCAUCCUCGUCAAGCCCUACAAGCACAUCAAGCUAGACUUCAUCAGUGAGGAAUUAGGUAUCAGCGUGACCGAUGCUGAGCUGUUGCUCGUUUCCUGCAUCUUGGACGGACACGUCAACGGUAGGAUCGAUCAGAUGAAGGGCGUCCUGGUGAUGAGGCCUUCAGCUCCGGACGAAAAGUAUGUGGCCAUGGAGAAGCUUUCCGAUCAGAUCAACAAGUUGACGCUAUCGAUAGGAGCAUAAUAGCGCACGAAGAUUACCUCUUGAUCCUUUUGGUGGCGAGAAUCCGAAGCUGCAGCCUAAAAGCGAUUGCACCAGCGACUGUCGUGUUUUGUUAUUGAGUGUUUACAAAUCAAUUUACGUCAACGUAUCAUUUUUCAUACCUAGACAGCUUCAGAAUUUUGCCACUAGAGGCGUGCGUGUUACUACUUUGCGACGCCUACCGGAUUCAAUUUGUUCUUCACUGGAUGGAAUUCAAGAAUUCGUCAUUAUGUUUCCCAAAGAAAUCAAGUGAUUGUGAAUUUAUUUUGGUUCGAGAAUUGUUUUUCUGUAUUAAUUAUAAACUUUCUUGCUCACUUUGCUUGCUCUUUACUCCAA